AGGCGAUUUUCCCAAGCUUUUCCCUAACGAAACAUGACAUCCUCGGCCACACUUGAAGGUCUACUUCCUCUAGUACUAAGAUUUCUGGAAGAUUCUGGUGCCGCGAAAGCUGCAAAGGCCUUGAAAAAGGAGCUACCACUAUGUACUAAGGAUGCUAGUGCCGAGGAUGGCAAAACACUUAUAGAAUUAUAUGAAGCUUAUAUCAAGCUGCGGCAGAGCAGCAUUGAUCUUAAAGAAGAGCAUGAAACAUCAGACUCGGAAUCAGAGUCGGACUCUGGGUCUGAUUCCAGCGAAAGUAGUGAAAAUGAGGAAGCACCGAGAAAAUCACAGAAAGUCACUAAAGGUAGUGGUGCACGUGACUCCUCUGGGAGCGACAGUAGUGAGGAAGGAUCAAGUUCUGAGGACGAGCAGGAUUACUCAGAUAAUCAGAGUUCAAAGAUAUUAAAAGAGAGGGGCAAGGCGAAGACAGCAGCAAAAGCCAAAAAGGAGGAAUCGUCGUCUUCAAGCAGUGAUUCUUCCGAUUCAGAUUCAACGGAAUCGUCGUCUUCUAGUAGUGAAUCUUCCGAUUCAGACUCAACGGAAUCGUCUUCGAGUAGCGAGUCCUCCGAUUCAGACUCAACGGAAUCAACUUCCAGUAGCGAGUCUUCCGAUUCAGAUUCAACGGAAUCGUCUUCCAGUAGCGAUUCUUCUGAUUCAGAUUCAACGGAAUCAUCGUCUUCUAGCAGCGAAUCCUCAGAUUCAGAGAGUAGUGAAAGCUCCAGUUCUGAUAGCGAUGCAAAGCGGAAAAAGGUUAAGGCAAAGCGGCGUGAAACGAAAAGGAAGGCUGAAACAAAGUCGAAAGUUGAUAACAAAAGGAAGGUCAAGGAAACUGAACCAGAGACGCCAAAACGCCCGGAUAAGAAACGAAAACGAAAUGAGGAUGCUGAAGCAAACUCUCCUGCUCCCAAUGGCACCUCGAGCUCAGGCCCUUCUACCAAGAAGCAAAAGCAGGUCAAUGGCUCUGCACAGAAGACUGAGCGGUUCCAACGCGUGAAAGAAGAAGAAGUAGAUCCGCAAAAGAUUAUCAACAAUGCGUACAUGGCAAAAGGCGGUGCCGAUAGCAGUUACGGUCUCAAGGCUCACCAAGAUUUGAUUGUUACCAGGGGAAAGGGAUUCCGUAACGAGAAGAACAAGAAAAAACGGGGAAGCUACCGAGGCGGUAGGAUCGAUACCGAAUCUUAUUCUGUCAAAUUUGCGCAGAGCUCUGAUGAAGACUAAGUGGCUGACCGUGCAAGGAGUUUGGGAGCACAUUAUCGUGUAUAAUAAUUUAGAUGUGCAGAAUAUUAGAUAAGAGAAUCAAAAAACGCGACAAUUGAUAUUUGCAUGAAAUCCAAAACGCUUGCAUAUAAUACACUUUUGACCAAAAAAAAUGACGUGCUAG